AUUGCCAACACACUGAUUCCACCCCCCCCCCCUAAAUACGCCAUUAGCACCGCAACACACAAACAAGAGACAUUUUGUUUUGUUUUGAAUCUCUUUUCGCCUUUGGGUUUGGCCAUGCCAGGAACUUUUCUUCAAUGGCUUAGCCUAGUUGCUAUCAUUUGGCUUCAAUCCAUUAAUGGAACCAACACCAAUUUCCCAGCUUACUCAUCUCAACUCAAGCAUCUCCUCUCCAUCUCACAAAUCCAGCUCAAUAACCUUGCCUUUGCCUCUGAUGCUGGUAAACUGUUGGGAUGGAUAUCAGGCAUAGCUGCCAACUACUUGCCCAUGUGGCUCGUCCUUAUACUGGGUUCGGCUCUCGGGUUGAUCGGUUAUGGAGUGCAGUAUCUCUUCCUCAUAGGCCGUGUCUCCAACUUGUCAUACGGUGCCAUUUUCUUCCUCACUGUUCUGGAAGGAAAUAGCAUAUGUUGGAUCAAUACCGUUUGCUACAUCGUCACAAUCAAAAACUUCCCCCUCGACCGUCAACUUGCCAUCGGAUUGACCGGUAGCUACCUGGGAUUAAGUGCGAAAAUCUAUACAGAUAUUGUAGAUGUUUUCCCUUAUUCAGCCAUGGAGAAAGCUAAAGCCUAUCUUCUUCUUAGCUCUGUAUUACCUUUCGCCGUUAGUGUCGUAUCUGCACCAGUAGUUAGAGUUAUUAAUGUUGUUAAGACAAAGAGGGCCAAGUCUGCAUUCAUAUUGAUUCUUGUCAUAACAACAGCCACAGGAGCCUUUUCUGUCGUGGGUAGUUUGGGAUCAGCAUCAAGCGAGUUAUCACCAUUAACUAGUGCCGUUGGUAUGGCAGCGUUGCUAGUAGCCCCACUUUUAAUUCCCCUGGGUUUAGGACUAAGACUGCAAACCAAGCAACUUAUACCAGCCAGAAUAUUGAACAGAUUAAAUCCAGAGGAAAAAGUUCACGUGGAGGAGUUUAAUAAUGUUUCCAUGGACAUUAUGGAGAGUGGGACGAAAGAGAUUAGAGAAAGCAUAAGCAUCAGUUCCAUUAGUGUAGAGCUGAGCGAAAGUUGUAGCGGAGAUGAUAACGUAAGUGAAACAAAUGAUAUCAUCAGUGUGUUGGAGGAGAUCGGUGUGAAGGUGAUGUUAAGGAGAUUGAGCUUUUGGUUGUAUUUCUUUGUUUAUCUUUUCGGUGUUACACUCGGCUUGGUGUUCUUCAACAACUUGGGACAAAUAGCUGAAUCUCGGGGAUGUCAAGCAUCAGCUCUUGUUUCGUUAUCUUCUUCGUUCGGUUUCUUUGGCCGUCUCGUACCCUCUGUUGUCGAUUACUUUUUCUCAAGGAGCAAAUACAUGAUAUCAAGAACAGCAUUUGUGGUGGCAUUAAUGGUCCCAACAGGAUCAGCUUUUUUCUUGCUACUUGUCAACGACAGCGGCGAGCUAUGGCUGUACAUCAGCACCGCCAUCAUCGGAGUUUGCACCGGGGCAAUUACUUCCAUAUCCGUAUCUUUAACGACUGAACUCUUCGGGACAAAAAAUUUCGGCGUCAACCAUAACGUCGUGGUAGCCAACAUCCCGAUCGGAUCAUUCCUCUUUGGUUACCUCGCUGCCAUUGUUUAUCGCAGGGAAGGAAAUGCAGAGGGGAAAUGCUUUGGCAUGGAAUGCUAUAGAAAGACCUUCGUUUUAUGGGGUACCCUUUGUUUUAUCGGAACCUUCCUCGCCUUAAUACUUUAUGGUCGAACCCGAAAGUUUUACAACUCACUGAGAUCAUAGGGGUAAAAAGGAAGUCAUUAUAUUUUUAUACAAGAUUAAUAUACAUGAUUAAAAAGCUUGUUAGCUUAGCUUUUUAAAUUUUUACAGUGCUUAUAUCGAUUAAGGAAGCUGAUUACUUCGAUCAAUAAGAGUUCUGCAUGCCAUAUGUUCUUUAA